GGCUGGCUUUGGGUGUGCAAAUUAGAGCCGCGACACAGCGUUGUCAAGUUGUUUUACUUGGGUGAAGUCACUAUUCGCAUACUAAGUGGUAUAUAACGAGAAAAGAAGUGUCUAGCGGAAGGUGUUGGUUCACCUAUUAAAUAGUAGGCGGAGGGUCUAAUAAAGUUUGAUAUUGUUUAACCGAGAACAUGGAUAAGCUUCGCCGAGUUUUAAGCGGCCGUGAAGACGAAGAACAGGGGUUAACAACUCAGGUUCUGGAUUCAACUGCACUCAGUUUUAGCACUCGUGUAAAGUGGUUUGCCAUAUGCUUUGCUUGCGGAGUUGGGUUUUCUAUUCUUGGCAGUGUACUGCUUUGGGUUCCAAAUGGAUCUAAGCUGUUUGCAGUAUUCUACACUCUAGGAAAUAUUGCUGCUCUGUGCAGUACUUGCUUUCUUAUGGGACCUGUGAAACAACUAAAAAGGAUGUUUGAACCAACAAGACUGAUUGCAACAAUACUUAUGCUGAUUUGUCUGGUUUGUACACUUUGUGCUGUGUUUUGGUGGGGCAAGAAAGGUCUGGCAAUCCUCUUUUGUGUCUUACAGUUUCUUGCAAUGACUUGGUAUAGCCUCUCAUAUAUUCCCUUUGCAAGGGAUGCCAUUUUAAAAUGCUUCACAAGCUGCUUCAGUUAAGUUUCAUGACCAAGGCAUCUUCUACGUGAAGUGAAGAAUAAUGCUUGCUCAGGAGAAUUCUGCAGGAUUUACAUGCUGUAUUCCACUUCAUUCAAAAUUUAAAAUAUUGUUUGUAUAUGUUUUUUAAAGUAUCCCUUAUAUUUAAAUACUACCAUAUAAAUACAAAUAUAAGAAAAUGGCACAUUCCACUGCAGUAGAAUAUUUCUGCUUGCUGACCAUUUAGAAAGCUAAUGAUUGAAUUUCAGUACAUUUCUGGUGCCUUAUUCAUUAAUAAUUUUUAAAGUUUUUGAGCAUUGUAGAUUGAGGAUAUAAAUCCGCCUUCAGUCUAAUAAAUUGUUAAUGUGAAUGUCACUCUAUCUAUUAAAGAACUAAGAAAUA